CUUGCAAGAAAAUAUGAUUUCCUCAUAAUAGAAGAUGAUCCUUACUAUUUUCUCCAGUUUAACAAGCCCUGGGAACCAACAUUUCUUUCCAUGGAUGUUGAUGGGCGUGUCAUCAGAGUUGACAGCUUCUCAAAAGUCCUGUCCUCUGGGUUGAGGGUAGGGUUCCUAACUGGCCCAAAACCCCUGUUAGAGAGAAUUAUUUUACAUAUUCAAGUUUCAUCCCUACACCCCUGCACUUUCUCACAGUUCAUGGUGUUGGAGCUUCUGCAGCAGUGGGGAGAAGAGGGCUUCCUGGCUCAUGUUCAGAGGGUCACUGAUUUCUACAGGAGCCAGAGGGAUGCAGUAUUGGCCGCUGCAGACAAGUGGCUAAGUGGUUUGGCAGAAUGGAAUGUUCCCGUUGCCGGAAUGUUCUUAUGGAUUAAAAUUAAAGGCAUUCCCGACACAGAACAACUGAUUAAAGAAAAAGCCCUUAAGAAAGAG